ACGCAUUGCGUUCUUCUUCGGCACAGGAACAUCUCUAAUUCGUUUGAAGAUCACCCCACGAUCUCAGACUUCAAAUUCUACUGCAACUCGUUUGGUCUGCGAACAACAUGCCUUUAACGUUUGAGCUGUGCCCUGAUAGGAUGAUCGGAGGGGAUCGUCCAUGUUUUAUUAUCGCUGAAAUUGGACAAAACCACCAGGGAGACAUUGAGAUAGCCAAGAAAAUGAUCAAAAUGGCAAAGGACUGCGGUGCUGAUUGUGCCAAGUUCCAGAAGAGUGAGCUGGAGUACAAGUUUAACAAACGUGCUUUAGAGCGUCCUUACAAGACCAAAAACUCGUGGGGGGAAACAUAUGGUGAACACAAGCGCCACCUGGAGUUCAGCCAUGAGCAGUACAGGGAGCUGCAGAAAUAUGCCAAGGAUGUGGGGAUCUUCUUCACUGCCUCAGGGAUGGAUGAGAUGGCGGUAGAGUUCCUCCAUGAGUUAAAUGUGCCUUUCUUCAAAGUGGGCUCAGGAGACACCAACAACUUCCCUUAUCUGGAAAUGGCUGCCAAGAAAGGACGUCCCAUGGUGGUGUCCAGUGGGAUGCAGUCCAUAGAGACGAUGCGUCGUGUGUACAAGACAGUGAAAAAGCACAACCAAAACUUUGUCAUCCUGCAGUGUACCAGCACCUACCCUCUUGAUCCUAAGGAUGUCAACCUCAGAGUGAUCACAGAAUUCCAGAAGGAAUUUCCCGAUAUCCCAAUCGGGUAUUCUGGCCACGAGUCUGGAAUCAGUAUUUCAGUGGCGGCUGUUGCUCUUGGGGCAAAGGUCAUAGAGCGUCACGUCACACUGGAUAAGACUUGGAGGGGAAGUGACCACGCAGGGUCUCUGGAGCCCCCUGAACUGGUUGAGAUGGUUCGUUCCAUCCGACUGGUGGAGACGGCGCUGGGAAGUGGCCUCAAGAAGAGGCUGUGCUGCGAGGAGCCAUUCCAUAGGAAGCUGGGGAAGUCUGUGGUGGCCAAGGUGAAGAUCCCCAAAGGAACUGUCUUGAGUCUGGACAUGUUGGCAGUGAAGGUGGCCGAACCCAUGGGUGUCCCGGCCGAAGACAUCUUCCAGCUGGUUGGCAAGUCUGUAAAUCAUGAUGUGGGUGAAGAUGAGAGCGUCACCCCAGAUGUAGUGGACGGCCUGUAGCUAUUUUCUAAAAUGUGCUGCAGAGUAACACAACUCAGUUGUUGCAUUGAUUGCCCAGGAGUCACAAGUUAGCUGCGAAUGUCACAAAAUUGUGAAUCGAAUAAACAAAUUUGCUUCAUAACCAUCGCUCACUAUACAAAAUCAUUGUUGAUUUUCUCAUUUGUAUGUAUCAAAUGAAGA